UUAACUAACAUGUUACAAUGUUACAAAUAACUACAAACUUGACAUUGGCUAAUCUUUGUAAAGCCAGAGAGAGAAAAAAAAAUAAAGGUAUUUUUGUCCUUUUCUGAGACCUAAAUCUAACUCAAGUCUCAAAGUUAAUUUUUGCUUUUUAAUUUUAUAUUCAAUAUACUCUACAUCAUAAAAACGUAUGAUAAAAUAAUUAACACUCUGCUAAAAUGCCUGAUACAUCGGUUCUGCCAAAAAAGUUCUCAGAAGGCCCGCAUGGCUUAGGUGAUCCUGAUGACAAAAGUUUAAGAAAAGUAGAAAUUGAAGUAUUGAUACCAAAGCUUAUGCGAGAAAAAGCAAAGACCGAAAAAUGUGUUAAAGAAGUUGAAGAGUUUAACAAAUGUUGCAAAGCAUCGUCAGUUUUUAUGGUGGUAAAGUGUAGAGAAGAGAACUCAGCGCUCAGAUCAUGCCUUACUAACUGGUAUGAAAAUGAGGAGUUUAGACAAAUAUGUACUAAUCAAUAUUUAAAUGAAAGAAGUGAAUACAGAACAACUGGUAUAAAGAAGCCAAUGAAACGAGCAUAGAUAAUAAAUAUGUUAAGUUUAAUUGUUAUUAGUUUAUGUAAAUAAAAUCUGGUUUAGUUAU